AUGAUAGCCACCGGCUCUCCUAAAGCAAACGGACAAGUCGAACGCGUAAACCGAGUAUUAGGUCCACUGCUUGCGAAACUAGUUGAUAAGUCCGCCGGAAAUUAUUGGUAUAAGACACUAACCGAAGCGGAAUUUGCGAUUAAUAAUACUACAAAUAAGUCUACCGGGUAUACGCCAAGCUAUUUAUUGUUUGGGGUAGAGCAACGAGGCCCAAAUAUCGAUGGGAUCAAAGAAUACUUAGGAGAAAAAGAAGCUCCAUCUGAGCGUGACUUUGAGUUAAUCCGCGAAAAAGCCAGUACAAAUAUCACAAAAAGCCAGGAAUAUAAUCAAUAUUAUUUUGAUCAGAAUAGAAAGAAACCGCAUCAAUAUAAAAUAGGCGAUUAUGUCGGAAUCCGUAAUUUUGAUAAUACUCCCGGAGCCCCAAAAAAGCUCAUUCCUAAGUUCAAAGGACCCUAUGAAAUCGCUGAGGUUCUAAAAAAUGACAGAUAUAUAGUUAAAGAUAUAGAAAAUUCCCAAACAUCACAACGCCCUUAUAAAGGAAUUUGGGAAACUAAUAAUAUUAAACCUUGGCAUUACGGAACAGAUGAAUAA